CUUUACAAGUAGGCUAUAGCUUAAAACUGAAGAAAUAGUUAUCAGUUGAUUAGUUUCAAGGUCAUAAUAAAAUAAACAUGUAUAUAUUUGUUUGCGUAGCUUUACCUGGGAAUUGGUGUAUAAAAUGUUACAUAACUGGUAGAAAAGGCAGGCUACACCAGAGGCUACACGUCGUUUUUUUUUUUUAGUUUGCGCCCACUUGCAGUUAUUUACGGUAGUUUUCUUGCGCCACAGAUCGCUUUUAAAGCUCCGAGCAUAACUCGGCGACAAUGAUGUCUAUUACAAUAGAAGGUUAUUGACAACACCUCUACGCAAGGCGGGGAAAUAGAGUCCUUGUGAUAUAUUUUAGGCAUGGAAUACUGUCUUCUUUUUAUCACUGAGAAGAGUGCGUUUCGUAGUGUUUGAGUAUAUCGCAAUCUUUUUCGUAUUUGUCUGUUUAUAUGGACCAAAUGGAUUUUUAACUGUUGUUCCAAAACGAUACUUCAAAUAUCCAUUGAGCUCAGCAGUCGCAUAACUUAAAGUAUGUAUACUCACUGACAAAGUCGUGCCAGAGGUCUUUAAUAUCGGUAACCGUACCUGUUGUGUAUGGUAUUCACAGAAAGCGUAACGUUGCCUCACUAUGAAAUUGCAUUGAUAAAGCCGCGUCAUUACUGGAGGCAUAGGCUACUGUAGCAGUUGGUCUGCUAUCUACAGCGACUCUGCCGUGAGGCUUGUCUACAACGACGCCUGAGUAAGUUAUUAGAAAAGCUUAGAAAAAAAUAAUUCUGAAGGAAUACAAUGACUAUGUCAGUAGCGGAGAGGAAUUCAGGCUCUGAGGGCAAGGAGGAAGAAAGUGAGGAUGAAAGUGAAAUCCUGGAAGAGAGCCCAUGUGGACGCUGGCAAAAAAGAAAAGAUAAGGUGGGUAAUGUCCCCGGCUCCGAGAGUGCCUUCCUCGCCAUGGAUACAGAGGAGGGAGUGGAGGUGGUUUGGAAUGAGGUCCUCUUCUCUGACAGGAAGGUCCUCAUGGCUCUCGAGGACAAGAUUAAAGAGAUGUUUGAGAACUUGAUGCAGGUGGAGCACCCCAACAUCGUUAAGUUCCACAAGUACUGGCUGGACACGAAAGACACCCAUGCUCGAGUUGUGUUUAUCACAGAGUAUAUGUCCUCUGGCAGCCUGAAACAGUUUCUCAAGAAAACCAAGAAAAACCACAAGACCAUGAAUGUCAAGGCGUGGAAGCGGUGGUGCACUCAGAUCCUCUCUGCCCUCAGCUACCUGCACUGCUGUGAACCACCCAUUAUCCAUGGCAACCUGACCUGUGACACCAUUUUCAUUCAGCACAACGGGCUGCUCAAGAUCGGCUCAGUGUGGCAUCGGCUGUUUGUGAAUGUGGUCCCAGAGGCCAGUGUCCAUGGAAAGAUGCGACACCAGCGGGACGAGAAACGCAACCGGCAUUUUUUCUCCCCGGAAUAUGGCUCGGGGGAGGAUGAUUACGCCAUUGACAUCUUCUCCUUUGGGAUCUGUGCGUUGGAGAUGGCUGUGCUGGAAAUCCAAGCUAAUGGAGAUGCUGCUGUAUCCAAGGAGGCCAUAACCAAUGCUGGCCAAUCGCUAGAGGACGCCCUUAUGAGAGAGUUCACACAGUCGUGUGUGAAACACGAGGCCAGUAAGCGGCCCACUGCUCACGACCUGCUGUUCCACCGCGUGCUGUUCGAGGUCCACUCCCUCAAGCUGCUGGCUGGCCACUGCUUCAUCAACAACCAGUACCUGCUCCCUGAGAACUGUCUAGAGGAGAAGACAAAGUCAAUUGACCCAAAUUCUGUCAUGGCUGAGAUUUCCCAUGGAGACCGACCUGGAGUUCAGCUUAAGUACUCUCAUGUGUCCUCGCUGGAGCUUGAUAAAUUCCUGGAGGAUGUGAAAAAUGGGAUUUACCCCUUGAUGAAUUUUGCCUCUGCCAAACCCCACCCUGUACCCCGCGCCCUCUCCAUGUCCCACGAGCAAGUGGAGACCUCAAAAAGCCCGUCCCCCGAGCCCCAGGAGGCCGAGAGCAGGAAGGUCGUGCAGAUGCAUUGCAACCUGGAAUCCAACGAAGAAGGGACCAAAACUCACCUUUCCCUGUUUCUCAAAAUGGAGGACAAAUUACAUCGUCAACUUAGCUGUGAUAUCCUGCCAACUGACAGCUCCAGAGACCUGGUGAACGAGCUGGUGCACUAUGCCUUCAUCAGUGAGGAGGAUGGCGAGAGGAUGGUGGCAUUCCUUGAGGAUGCGUUAAGUCGCCACAGAGGAGCCACGGGGACCCAGGGAAGAUAGGGCGGAGUGUGGAGGAGCCUGCCCACUGAAGGGGGAAGGGGGGAUCCAUGGAGACAGAUGUGCCCAUUCGGGCUGAAGCGGAGAAGAUGCGAUGAAUAUGGAUCAUGAGGAAGAGGGAGAGGGGAUCAUGCAGAGAGUCCAAGUGACACACAGACAGAGGGAUUGAUUCAUCAGUGAGAGAGGAAGAAGAUCAGGCACACAUGCAGGACUGAGAGAAAGAGAGAGAGAAAGAGAGAGAGAGAAAGAGAAAGAGAGAGAGGAACAAGCCAGCCUGAGAAGGGCCCUAACACCUCCACCUCUGGAGGACCCAGGGCGUGACUGAGGCGUCCCACAGUGCUGUGGUAGUGAUAGUUGUGUCCAUCUCAGAUCUGAGAGGUGUCCAUGCCUUAGGAUGAACUGUGCACCCGUGUUCUGCUUCUCCCUUUCGGUAAUGUCCUCCCUACCCUUCGGGAGCCGCAUUACCGCAAGCGAGCUUGAGUUUGUCAACGCAUAACGUCUGAGAGUGAUCCAAGUAUGGAGUAUGACGGCUUUGUCUGCAUGUAAUUUGCUUCUUGCCAAAUCCUAGUCGACAACCCAGCUGGUCAUUUAGUGAUAUAUAUAAAAAAAAAACACUGCCUUUAAAGCAUAUUUUCAUUAGGCGGUAAGAAUUUUGCCAUUUGAUUUUUUUUGCAUUUCUCUUUAAGACAGCUUUGUAUACUAUACAUCACAAUUGUUAUAAUGGAACACUUCCCAGAAGAAGAUUCCAUUUUUGUUCCAAAAACAAUCUUUUUUUCUCAUGAACCAAUGAUCUUUGCCUCCAACCUCUAAAAAGCUUGACAGUAUUAAGCCUUGGGGGCCCUGCAUAUGACUGCACUGGGUGCGUUAUGUGAUGACAUGAACACACACCCCAGCAUCUCCAUUUACAUCAACUAGAAAUAAUCAUUGGGUAGAUGGAUAGGACAUGAUAAAGUGCCGUAGACAGCCUUUUUAUCUUAGUUAUUAGUCAGUUCUUGUGAAGUUCUGUGCAGAAACAGUCAACCAGCAGAUGUAUUUAAUGUAACAUUUGUUCUACUUGGCCUUAUAAAAAACAUGCAAUGAAGUGCUUCAAAUUAUAUUCUGCCAGAGACUAAUUAGACUUUAAUGGCCCCAUAUCUGUCUGUUAUAUGUUUUCUCUGUCUCCAUAAAGCUGUACACAAAUGUCA